GGCCUAGUCCCCCGCCUUUCACUGCUCCCCAAGGGAUAUUCCGCCCCGCUUUUGCCGGGCGGGAGGCAUCGGGAGCGGCGCGUCUGCGGGAGGCCGGGCGCUUCUUUGCGGACCCGGCGCGAGCUGCCGAGGGAAGAGGGGCCCUGUUGGGACAGAAACACUCGCCCGCUGCCGAUAUUCCCAGCUAGGGCGAGGCGAGGGCGAGUGAACGGCCAGUGUUGUGACUGAGCUGGCCGAGGAGCUGCCCGCGAGCCUAGUGAACCCCCGAAGACAGGUGCCCGGCGUCUCGUACAAGCGAAGAGUAGAAAGACCCAGAGGGCUGAGGCGCAGGGGAUGUCGCAGGCUUCCUUGAAACUGUAAGGAAUGGAUGAAGACGCAGACCAAAUGCAUCCUUUGAAUGAUAGGCAGGUGCCGAACUCUGAAGGUGGAUAUGUAUGGCAUGUCACGGAUAUGAAUAGACUCCACCGUUUCUUAUGUUUUGGUUCAGAAGGUGGUACAUACUACAUCAAGGAGCAGAAAUUGGGCUUUCAGAAUGCUGAAACUUUAAUAAGACUGAUUGAAGAUGGCAAAGGCUGUGAUGUGGUACAGGAAAUAAAGACGUUCAGUCAAGAAGGCCGGGCAGCAAAACAGGAGCCCAUGCUUUUUGCUCUUGCAAUUUGUUCACAGUGCUCUGAUACAAAAACCAAACAAGCUGCAUUUAAGGCUGUUUCUGAAGUCUGCCGCAUACCAACUCAUCUGUUUACUUUCAUCCAAUUUAAAAAGGAUCUGAAGGAGGGUAUGAAAUGUGGCAUGUGGGGCCGUGCCCUGAGAAAAGCUGUUGCAGACUGGUACAAUGGAAAGAAUGGCAUGGUUGUUGCUUUAGCAAUUACAAAAUACAAACAAAGAAAUGGUUGGUCUCAUAAAGAUCUGCUGAGGUUGUCACACCUAAAACCUACCAGUGAAGGACUUGUUAUAAUCACUAAAUACAUUACCAAGGGGUGGAAGGAAGUCCAGGAGGCAUAUAAGGACAAGGAACUUUCUUCAGAGACUGAAAACUUGUUAAAAUACCUGGAAGCUGUGGAGAAAGCAAAACACACGAAGGACGAAUUGGAAGUUAUUCAUUUGAUAAAAGAGUAUAGGUUAGUUAGGGAGCAUCUCCAGACAAACCAUUUGAAAUCUAAAGAGGUGUGGAAGGCAUUGUUGCAGGAGAUGCCUAUAACAGCAAUGUUGAGGAAUCUAGGCAAGAUGACUGCAAAUUCAGUUCUUGAACCAGCAAGCUCAGAAGUAGCAUUAGUGUGUGAGAGACUGAGAAAUGAGAAAUUGUUAAAAAAGGCUCGAAUACAUCCAUUCCAUGUUUUGGUUGCAUUAGAAACCUACAAAGCAGGACAUGGAAACCGGGGAAAACUUCACUGGCUUCCUGAUAAAGACAUUAUAGAAGCUCUUGAUGCCUCCUUUUAUAAGACAUUCAAGACAGUGGAACCAACGGGAAAACGUUUCUUGCUUGCUGUUGAUGUCAGUGCUUCCAUGUCGCAAAGAGUUUUGGGCAGCGUGCUCAGUGCUAGUACGGUUGCUGCAGCAAUGUGUAUGGUUGUUGCACGCACAGAGAGAGAUUCCAAUAUUGUUGCCUUUUCACAUGAAAUGGUCCCUUGUCCAGUGACAAAAGACAUGACGUUACCUCAAGUAUUAGUGAAAAUGAAUGAAAUUCCAAUGGGCAACACUGAUUGUUCUCUUCCAAUGAUAUGGGCUCAAAAAACACACACAGCUGCUGAUGUCUUUAUUGUAUUCACUGAUAAUGAGACCUUUGCUGGAAAUAUUCACCCUGUGGUUGCUCUGAGGAAGUACAGGGAGAAAAUGAGUAUUCCAUCUAAACUGAUCGUUUGUGGAAUGACAUCAAAUGGCUUUACCAUAGCCGACCCAGAUGACAGAGGGAUGUUGGAUAUAUGUGGCUUUGACACGGGAGCUCUAGAUGUCAUUCGCAACUUCACUUUGGAUUUGAUUUAAUCUCUAGGCACCUACUAUUCAAAAGGGGUCUGUUGCUGGCAAGAGACUCUGCCCUGAGAACUCCCAGCCAAAUGUACUGUACUAAAAUAUGGCACGUGAUGCACAUAUCAGAAUGAUACCUUUUUGUAAAGGGGAAAAACAAAUGAGAAAUGACGUUGUUGUUGUUGCACAUAGCUUGAAAACAACAAUAGGAAAGCCUGCUAAACAGAGCUACACAGUUCGAUUUAAUUUCAUUUAUAAUAGUUGAACUGUACUAAGGUUUUGUCACUGUACAAUGUCUUUUGUCUUUAACAAUAAACUAAAUUACUUCUGGUAUUGGGAAUGGGGGCAGGAAAGGGAAAUAGCGUUAGUGUUUUUAAAUAGUAUUCAUUUAACAGCAGCUUAAUUUUUUAAAUCUUUGUAUUUGAGAAGAAUAAGUACAAGUCAACCAUUUCCAUUGUUCAGUUUCAAAUCUAUAAAAGAAAUAUUUUUGGAGUGCACUAGACCAUGUAACUGUGAUGGAGUGUAAAAGUUACUUGUCAGAUUUUAUAGUGACACAGUGAAAGUGGAAAUAUGAUUAAAUUGUGAUAAUCAUACUUUUUCUGAACAGAUCUGGAUCUUCUAAAAUGUAACUUUUUUGGUAAAUUGAAAGGCAGUUUUUGUACAUUGUGGUUUCAGCAGCACUACUGUAGAAUUUGUAAGCUUUGUAAGAAAUUUAUACAAAUUCUGUUUAGCAAAAAGUUCCUGAAGUUAUAAAAUGAAGUCCCAUCUGCCAAAGCUA